AUGCAGCAAUGAAGCCACAGAACCCAGCCUGGAUCUGCCAGACCUUAAACAACCAGCGUUUCUUUGCCACCUUGUACGACAAAGACAGGCGUAUUCCCGUGUACUCUGCUUACAAAUACAAGCCUGGAAAGUUCCACACAAACCACACAUGGACAGUUGAGCCCCAGCUGAUACUUUCAAAUUUGCCCAAAAACAUGCAAACAGUGCGGACCCUCGAACAUCAAUACAAUAUCACCAAAGAGAAAAUCAUGCAAAGCCAGGCUGUCAACACAGACUAUGAGAACAGCGGUUGGGACUGUGGCUAUUUGAACCCCAAUGGCCACCACAACACCCAGGACAGCAGGAAUGUGACCUUCACCUUCACCAACAUAGUGCCCAUGAAUGAAAAACUCAACCGACAUGCCUGGAGAAACUAUGAGCAGCAAAUGAUGGCCAAUAAAAGCCAGGACUGUCAAACUACCUAUGUCAUUGUGGGGGCUGUGCCUGGGAACUCCUCUAUCUCCAAUGGGAGGGUUAAUGUACCCAGCCACAUCUGGUCUGGUGCCUGCUGCAAGACCAAGAACAACACCAUGAGUGCUUGGGCGGCCAUUGCCGAGAACAACCAGGACCAGGUCUGGGACCUCACUCUGGGGCAGCUGGAGAACAGUUUGGCCCAGCUGGAGGCUGUGGGACGAGGGUGGCUCAGGUUGCCCACAGGUGUUGUGGAGUCUCCAUUGCUGGAGAGGCUCAAGCCCCAAGUGGACAUGAUCCUGGACAACCUGCUCUAG